AUGAUGUGGACCUCUCAUGAUACUGUUGGAUUUGUUUUCUUAGCCGGAUUUUGUGUUCAAUUCGGAUUCUCUUUUGAAGGUCGCUUCACGGAUCUGCCCUCCAACAUGACGGUAAAAGAGGGACAAAACAUAGAAAUGGCGUGCGCUUUCCAGAGCGGAACCGCGUCUGUGUAUUUGGAGAUCCAGUGGUGGUUCGUGAAGGCGCCGGAGCCCACUGACAGCGAGGAGGACGUCGAAGAUCAAGAGAUGGAGAUGAUACCAGAGCCUGAUCCUGAUGAUGAGGGGACAAAAAUAAGUACAGUGAAAGUCCAGGGCAACGACAUCUCACACAAGCUGCAGAUCUCCAGAGUCAGCAAGAGUGACGAAGGACUGUACGAGUGCCGGGUGACACGAGCUAACUACGGAGAGAUUGUGGAGUAUAAAGCUCAAGCCUGGCUGAAGGUCAACGCCACAGCCAGGCCUCGACGACCACUGCCGCCUCCCAAGAAGAGCUCCCCGCUGCACCUGACAGACAAGAAGCCGAGAAAGUCCAGCUCAUCACUGGGCCAGGACAACAUGAGCUCAGACCAGAGGGUGGCCUCCACCUCCACCUCUCACACAUCCUCCAAUACAGCUAAACACAACCCCGGCUCAGGUACAAGAAUAUCAUCCAGCUAUGGACUGGCUGUCCUCCUUCUGGCGUGUGGUGUGGUGAGGGAUGCCUUGUUAUAA